AUGGCUCUCGCCGCCGCCGCCGAGCGCGUGGCCGCCGAGUUCGAGUACUCGGCCCAAGAUGUCCAGCGAGGUGUGAAAGAGUUUAUCCGACAGAUGGAUGAAGGCUUGGGGAAGCAAGGGGCGACGAUGAGCCAGAUCCCGACCUAUGUCACUGCUGUCCCGAACGGGACGGAGAAGGGUUUGUACAUGGCGGUCGACCUGGGCGGGACGAAUUUCAGAGUGUGUUCCAUCCAAUUACAUGGCAACAGCACCUUCAGCUUGACGCAGAGCAAAGUCAAGAUCCCGCAGGAAUUGAUGGUGGCCAAGACGAGUAAGGAGUUGUUUUCCUUCUUGGCCAAGCAGAUCGAGACUUUUCUCAAGACCCAUCAUAAUGAGCAUUAUGUCAAUCAUGUGGAGCGGAGGCGACGGGGGAGUUAUAUCGGCGCUUCGUUCCAUGAUGAGGAGGUCUUUCAUCUGGGGUUCACUUUUAGUUUUCCCGUGCAGCAGUCCGGGAUUAACAAGGGGACAUUGAUCCGUUGGACGAAGGGGUUUGAUAUCAAGGAUACUAUCGGGAAAGAUGUCUGUGCGUUGUUGCAGAAGGAAAUCGAUCUCCUCCAUCUUCCCGUCAAGGUCGCGGCGCUGGUCAACGAUACGGUCGGCACACUCAUGGCCCGCUCGUAUACCAGCCCGGGGAAAACGGGGACUCUUCUCGGCGCCAUCUUCGGCACGGGAACGAAUGGUGCGUAUGUGGAGAAACUGGACCGCGUGACAAAACUCAAGAAGGGUGGGAGUAAGGCUGCGGGCGAUGUGGACGAUAGUACGGGGGAAAUGAUCAUUAACACCGAAUGGGGUAGCUUCGACAACCAGCUCUCCGUCUUGCCUAGUACAUCUUACGACAAAUCCCUUGACGCCGAGUCCAAUAACCCUGGUAUCCAAAUGUUCGAGAAGCGCGUUUCAGGCAUGUUCCUGGGCGAGAUCUUACGCCGAGCGAUCGUCGAUCUGAUCAAAGACCCUUCCGUCCCGUUAUUCAGCGACGAGCAUAGUAAUCAGAAUGAUAUCCACAGCACGACGAACAUCCACGACCAGAGCGCUCUGUGGAACCAAUGGGGGCUCGAUACGAGUUUCUUGUCUAUCGCCUCGGGAGACACCUCUGCGGGACUGAAGGUCACCCGACAAACCCUCGACAACGACUACGGCGUCUCCGCCGCCAGCGCCGAGGAUGCCGAAGCCGUCCGUCUCAUCGCCUCCGCCAUCGGAAAACGCGCCGCUCGACUCUCCGCCGUGGCGAUCGCCGCCGUCAUCUUAUCUACCGGCAAGUUAUCUCAUCCGACCGAUAUCGCAACCACAAACGACGCCAAACUCGAGGUUAACGAGGAUGAGAUUGUGGAUGUGGGCGUUGAUGGGAGUUUGGUGGAGUUUUAUCCGAAUUUUGAAGAGUUUAUCCGCGAGGCGUUGAGGGAUGUUCCCGAGAUUGGUGUCCGGGGGGAGAGGAGGGUGAGGAUUGGGAUCGCGAAGGAUGGGAGUGGGGUUGGGGCGGCGUUGAUUGCGCUUGUCGCUGAUCGGGCUGGGAAGGGUGCGACGGCUGCUUCGUCCUCUACCUCCGCUGGUGCGGCCAAUGGUGGUGGUUUAAGCGGGUUCUUGAGCCAGUUCAUGGCGGAUUUGAACAGGAAUUUGAGGAUGAGGGUGUAG